GCUGACACGAGUCGCGAGCGACAUCUGCUCUGGACCUCAGGGACGUGCCGCCUGCAACGCCGACGACCUACUCCAGUAGUAGGCUUGCUCUCGUAAGAGCUCCAUUGUCUGCAUAGUCACCGUUGGUACCACCAACCCUCCCUGUUUAGGAGAUUUGAGGAGACUACGUCGAGCAGCGUGGCGGGACGACGUACGGGACUACGCCAACGGCCAACCUGCCCCUUAGCCUACGCGUCCACCAGCGUGUUCACACCUGCCUGCCCAGCUGCUCAACCCUGCUCAGCGCAAGGCUCAGCCGGCUCAGCCCUGCUGUAUGCCCACGCCGACUCACCAGCUUUGUGCAUUCCCCCUCUACAAUUGGAGUAUGACCCAACGUACCGAUCCACACUGACAACCCCGCGGUAUUUUGGCAAAGAACGUCCGUCACUCCGUCUCCUCGUCUCUCCUGAGGCGAAGCCGGGUUUCGUGUUGAGCGGCAAUCCGACCCUCCGACAACUACUGGUGCCCAGAAUGCGGUAGCAUAUCGUGUAGUUACUGUGUGUGACUACUGUGUACAGAAGCUACUCGCAAAGCCAGAGUCAAGUGGGCAAAGUGGCCUUCUAGAGCUUGGCAGCAUAUAAGCAACACAUUUCAUAGUUGGUAUUUCGACUAGUCCUUAGUCGAAUUAAGGACCAUCCAGUUUAACAAAGUUUCAGACAAGCGUUCUUCCUCCCUGGGCUCUCUAGCACCGCCUGUGCUGCAAGAAGGCCUUUAGCUUACAUGCUGGAGAAUGUUUGAACACCGUCUGGCACUGGUGCUUGCGCCUCACCUGGCUAGGACGGAAACCCGAGAGUGCGCCCGCUCUACCGGUCCUUGGCCCCAGGGUGGGGUUGCCGCCAAAGUGGCAAUCCUGCCAGGCUUGCGCUGGCCCCGCGUAGCCCUAGCCUGGCGCGAAGUCACAAGCAGCAGUUAACUCAUGCUGCCCACUAGCUCCAGCGCUCUAAGCAGCUACACCAGUAGCAUCAGCAUCAGCAAUGGCGUGCUGCCCCACGGAGCGGCGGCCUCCAGUGGAGGUUGGGAGCAGCCCGAGUCGGUUGCCGGUGCUGUGUUAGGGAGCGCAGGUGGAGCUCGCUAUGGCGACAAGGGAGACAGCCAUGGUGCACUGCCCCCCUCCGCCGCGGCGCAACCGCUGCAGCCAGCAGAGGCAUCGGCUCUGGGUGCGCUGCUUCAGUCGCCGGAAGCCGGCAGCAAUGUGCUGCUCGGCAAAUGGGCUACUGGCGAGGUGCCGCUGCUGGUGCCGCUGGUGGGAGGUGCAGCCACCAACAUGUCGCUGGAUGAGUCGUACGGUGAUGCCCAGGAUGCGCUCAUUGCCCGCUACCUGCUGCUGCUGGGUGCGGGCCAGCACCUGCAGCAGCAGCAGCAGCAGCAGGAGCAGCAGCAGCAGCAGUCUGUAGCUCUGGCUGCGGGCGCCGGAGGGGGUCAAUGGCAGCGGCAGCGGGCCCGUGGCAGUGUGGGGCAGCUGGAGCUCAGGCCCCACCUAAACGCUGCCGCGCCCUCAGCCUCGGGCCUGCCCCGGCCUGACCUGCACCUGGAUUUCUCCGCAAUGCCGCGCCGUGGCACGUCUACCGGCCCUGGGCCUGAUAUCAACUUGGGCAGUACUGCAGGCGGCCAGGGCUCCUCAGCUGCCGCGCCCUCACCUGCGGCUGCCUCUGCCUCUGCAGCUGCGCCGCUGCUGCUGCGGUCUCUGGGUCUGGACCAGGCCAGUCUGGCCGCCCGCCACAUGCCCGAGGCGCUGGUGGGGGCGCUCCACCGCAGCCUGGCCGCCUCCGCUGCCGCCUUUUUCCGCACCUGUCUGGCGGAGAGGCGCAAGCUGGCGGCGCUCAUGUCGGGCGGGGAGGCGGUGCCGCUGGCUGACCGGGUGCUGGCGUUUAUCAUCGGGACAGAAGGCGAGCUGCAGCCUGCCUCGGCGCUUCCCGACAUGCAGGAGCUGAGGGAGGCCGGCGACGUGGAGCUGCUGCUCAACUCGGUGACACCGCCCGGCGCUGCACCGUACCGCCACGCCCACCUGCACCACGAGCUGCAAUGGGAGCGGGCGCAGUCGCCGCCCAGCCCGCCGCCGCCGCCCGCGGAGCCUGAGCCUGACCUGGAGGCACUCAUGGACAUCGACAAAAUCACCGCUCUGGCAGCCGCCGGCAAUGUGCCCGGCCUGCGGGCCCUGCUGCGGGGUCUGGUGAACGCCCUGGCCUACAGCCGCAUCAACCUGUCAGAGCGGCUGGAGGCGGAGGCGGCGCGGGCGCAGCGGGAGUGGCAGCGCGGCGAGGCGGCGCAGAGCAGCUGUAUGCAGCUGAGAGAGCAGCUGGCGGGAAGGAACAGGGUGCUGGCGGAGCGGGACGCCCAGCUGCAGGCGGCGGUGGUGCGGGCGGCUGCGGCGGAGGAGGAGCUGGUGGCAGAACGGGGCGGCGCAGCGGGUCUGCGGGCGCAGUUGCGGGCGCUGCAGGCAGACAGCGAGCAGCAGCUGGCAGGAUUAAAGGCGGGCCUGGAGGCGCAAAUUGCCGACCUCAAGCAGGCUCUGCACGGCGCCACUGACGACGUUGGUGGCGUGGGCCUGGGCGCCCAGCUGGCCGCCGCCCGCGCCGACUUGGCGCUGGCAGAGCUGCGUCAGGCUCAGGAGCGGGCGGUGUCGGGGCAGCUGCGCGUGAUGCUGGACAGCGCGAGGGGGCAGCUGGCCACACACAGGGACCGGGCUGCGGCUGCGGGUGCCGAGGUGGAACGGCUGACGCGGCUGGUGGCGGCGGCGCAGGACCUAGCCAACGCCUCGUCGGGAGGUCUGAGCCUGUUGGAGCAGCAACUGGGUGCGGAGAAGGCGGCACACAGGCGCACCACAGAGCGGCUGCAGGCGGUCAGCUGGCGGCUGGAGGGCGCCCGGUGCUCGGUGGUGGACAUGCGCUCAAGGGCGGCGGCGGCGCUGCGACGGCUGCAGACGGUGCUGGGGGAGACCACACUGCGGGCGGCGGCGGCGGAGCGCCAGGCGGCGGACCGGGAGUGGGAGCUGCGGGCGACGCGAAGGGAGCUGGAGGAAUUGGGCGCAUCGGCGCAGGCCCUCAAGGAGCGCAAUGUGCGACUGGAGACGGAGGCGGCUGCGGCGCGGCAGGAGGCCAUCACCGCCAAGCUGGACGGCGACGAGGCGGGGGCGGCACUGGCGGCGGCCAAGGGCGCGCUGGCUGCUGCUGAGGCCCGUGUGGCUGCGCUGCAGGAGCAGGUGACGGCGGGUGCCGAGGCGGUGCUGGCGGGCAAGGCGGCCAGUGCGAGGCUGGAGGAGCUGGACAAGGAGCACGGCGAGCUGCAGUCGUCCUUCACGGCGCUGUCGGCCGCCCACCAGUCCCUGUCCGCCGCACACGCCGCACUGACGGGCGAGCUGGGCGCCAUGCGCGAGCGGGUCACGGAGCUGGAGCGGCGGGAUGCACUGCGGGUGGACCUCACGGCCCGUCACGACGCGCUGCUGGCGGAACACUCGUCUCUAAGGGCGCUGAGUGAGGAGCUGUCCAAGGAGCUGACUUCCAGCAAGGCUGCAUACGUGGUGCUCAAGAAGCACGCCGACGCACUGGCGGGGCAGGUCCAGGAGUAUCGGUACAAGUCCGAUCGCGCCUCCGCGGACCUAGAGCAGGAGCGUGAGGGCCACAGGGCCACCCGGGCGGAGCUGGACAUUACGGCCGCCCAGCGCGAGGACCUGUCGACCCGCUGCGACGCCCUCAUGCAGCGAGUGGACGAGAUGGAGAAGCACGUGGCCGUGGCUGACGCGGAGGCCGCCCGCUGCCGCCGCGCCGCCGACCUGGCUGAGCAGCAGCGUGCGGAGGCGUUUGCGCUGCGUGACGCCUGGACACGAGUGCGGCUGCUGGUGUCGUCGGAUGUGCGGGAGUACCUGUCCGCCAUCAGCGGCCAGCUGGGCUCCCUGGAGUCCCUGCUGGGCUCCAGCCGGGCCGACCUCACGGCGCUGCAGGCCCGACUGCUGGACCUGCCGCCGGGGGCGCUGGACGGCAGCGGGCUGGCGGCGCCGCAGGUGCCGUACGAGAUGGCGCAGAGGGUGUGUGCCUCGCUGUUCCAGAUGGUGUCUUGCGGCGGCCAGCUGCUGCAGACACAGGCCGAGAUACGCACAACACUGCUGGACAGGCUGGACCACGUGGAGGACGGGCUGCAGGAGCGGCUGCGCUCCGCCACCGACUACUGGCGGCAGGUGCUGGCGCUGUCGCGGGGCUCACCGCGGGCCAUGGUGCAGGUUGUAGAGCGCAUGACGGGCCAGGUGUGCCGGGAGCUGGAGUUGGACCCCAGCAACCCCCUGGCGCGCAUGGUGCCCAUUGGAGUGCUGGAGGAGGCGGGAGUGGAGCUGAGCACGCAGCAUGAGCGGCUGGGCGGUCUGCGCGGCAGCGCCCACGCGGCGGAGGGCGCCCGCGAGGCCGCUGUGAAACUGCUGGACUACGAGCGCGAGGUGUCCACGGCCCGUGCCGCCGAGUACCAGUCCCUGGUGGAGGCCCUGAGCGGCGAGGUGGGGCGGCUGCGUGCGCGUGUGUCGGCGCUGGAGGCCAACAACGCCAUGCAGCACAAGGCCACGGCCGACAUGCAGCGCAUGCUCACCGACGCCGAGUGGAAGGUGUCCAAGGCCCAGGAGCGGGAGGCUCUGCUGGGCGCCAAGUACAUGGUGCCGCUGGGCCGCGAGAGCCGCGCCGUGCAGACCGUGUUCUCCGACCUGCACCACCACCACAUGGUGGCGCCACUGCAGGGACAAUUGCUGCUGGCAGCACCGGGAUCAUUGUCCGGAGAGGCGCAGGCAGAGGCGGAGGCAGCUGCCGCCGCCGCCCGGGGCCGCGGCCGCAGUCGUGCCGCUUCCCCGCGGCCCACUGCCUCCGCCGCGCCGUCCAGGCCGCUGUCUGCAGCCACCACCGCCGCCUCACAGCGGGCGCGGUCCGGGUCUGGGUCGCCAUCGCGAGGGCCGGCCUCAAGGCACCGCACUCGCUCGCGGCAUGUGACCAGCGGCGCCGGGCUGUCGGAACCGGGGGAGGCCACCUCGGCCGCGGAGGAGACGGAGGGUGGCGACUGGGAGGAUAUGCGUGUGACGGGCAGCGGCGAGAGCGAGGCCGGCGGGGUGGGCGGCGCUGCAGUGAGGGCGCUGGAGACGGCAUUCGCAGGCGCGGCCGCAUCGGCUGCUGCGGCGGCGGCCGCCUCCGCCUCCACGCCCACAUCCUCGCCCGCGCAGCCCAGCCUGCCGCUGCACAUGUUGCCGUCUGCGAGCGCGGGGCACGGUGCUCCAUCACCGGACUCGCCUGCCUCCCUGCCGCCGUUGACCGCCCUCAACAGCCCCGCCGGCACACUAGCGUCAUCCGGGCUGUCCCCCCGCCUGCCAUCUGCAGCCGGCGGCUCCAGCACCGCUGUGUCCUUUAGCCCCACUGCCGCUGGCUCACACCGACAGCCGCAUCCACAGCCCCAGCCUCAGCCCCACAACCAGCGGCCCGCCUCCGCCAUGGUGGCGCCCCUCAGCGGCCUGUCAGAGGCGCGCCGGGCCGCCAACGUCCCCAGCCGCAGCAACCCCAACAGCCCCCGAGGCACAGGCGGGCUCGCUGUGGGUGGCCCCGGGGGCCCCAGCCGCCUGGGUGGCGCCAACUCGGUGCCGGGUGCGGCCGCGGGCCAGCUGUCCCGGCUGCCCCAGGCGCAGGCGCAGUCACAGCGGCGGCGGCACCCGGACCAGGUGUCACGUGGCAGUUCUGGAGGCGGUGCGGGGGCUGCGGAGGGCAGCUGGGCGGCGCUGCCUACUGUCAAGUCCACGGUGUCCUACGGGGAUGAUGAGGAGGAGGGUGAGGGGGAGCGAAGCGGCAGUGAUGUGUACGGGGACAGCAAUGCGGGAGGCGACGAGGGCGAGGACGAGGGCGGGUACGAGGACGAGGAUGAAGGCGACGAGUAUGACCUGCCACCAGCCGCAGCACGCACGCCCUCCGCCUCAGCCACGGCGGCCGCCGCAGCCGCAUUCGCUUCCCGCACGUCACCUGCCGUGGGAGAUGCAGGCCAGGAGGGUGUGUGGCAGCCGCAGUUGGUGCCGCAGCGCAGUGCGGCGAACCACAGCGCCGGAGCCGGCCCCGACUCCCCGCUCUCACCUCUCCGCCAGAACCUCCAACAGCACCAGCAGCGCCCCUACACCGCUGCACCAGGUGGCUCAGGCAGCGUGCACAACCACCCACCUUCGCCAGCGCCUGCCAGGGCCACCGCCUCCAUGGGCGGCACAGUGGCCUUCGCCUUGCCCGCCGGAUCCCCACUGCCUCAGCACCACCGCAGUGCAGGUGGAGGCGGCGGUCCCACCUCCCCGGCCCCGACGACCACAACGACAGCGUCCGGCAUUCCGCACGGCUGGCAGCAGCGAGCGUGGGAUUGGGUGCCUGAGGCGGCAGCGCUGGCGGCUCGCGGCGGCCCCGGUGGCGGCCCACUGCAGCCGUACAGCCGGCAGGCGCUGUUGGAGGUGCUGGCAGACAUCCACUUCACCAAGGCCCACGCCGACCAGGUGUCGGCCGCCGCAGCCUUCCCGCAGGUCACCAUGCAGCAAUACGUGGGUGCCUACUUCGCUGCCCGGCACGGCCCCCGCGGCAGCAACCCGCCCGCCACUGAGAUGGCGCUGGCGCAGCUGCUGCUGUCGCUGGAGGCCCACUCGGCGCUGUACGAGGUGAUGUUGUUCGCGCGGCUCGCCAAACUGGAGGCUUACACCAGCAAGCCCACCUCGCACCACCGCAACAGCCUGCGCCCCGCCACCGCCACCAGCCGCACCUUCAGCGCCUCCCCAGCCGGGUCCGGGCCCUCCAGCCCAGCCUCAGCCGCCUCACGUAUGCGGCCCGGCAGCUCCCGCCCCGGAAUCAACACCUCCGCCGCAGCAGUAGCGGCAACCUAUGGCGGCGGCGGCAGUGGCGGCGGCGGCAUGACGUCUCCGCGGUCCCCCGCGGCUGGCGGCGGCACAGCAGCGGCCCGCAGCAGUCGCCUGAUGUCGGCACAGGCCAAUGCCGCUGCGUAUGGGGCCCAGCGAGGUGGCAACCAGCACCAACACCUGUUUGCGCAUGCAAAGCAGGGGCCCGGGGCCGCAGCCGGGAAUUCAGGCGUAGACGAGGGCCCAGCAGGCGCGGGUCCAGGGCCAGGUGGCGAGACCACCCUGCGCCUGCGCACCGGCGCCUCACCUGCAGUGACCAGCAGCGGGAACAGCGCUUACUCCAACGGGGGCGACCCGCAGCAGCAGCAGCUGGUGGCGGUGGUUGUGCCUGCCGUGCCCCGGCUGCGGCUGGGUGGUCAGCGGCAGCGGCUAGCUGAGGUGCUGGUGUCUGAGGGCCUGGCGCGGGCGUUGGCGGAGCUGAGGGGGGUGGCGGGCAUGGAGCCCUUCGCGCAGUUCGCGGCGGCGGGCCGGCUGCUGGGGCGGCUGCGGCAGAGCGACCUGGGGGCGCCGCUGAGGGAGGAGCAGCACCCCGAGCUGCAUUACCUGGUGUGCGGCUGCAGCGCCACUCUGGGUCUGGACGAGCCGCCCGAGCUGGUCAUGGCGGCCGGGGAGCUGCCGUACGGCCAGGACGUCAUGCUGCUGCAGGUGCCCAACGUGGCGCUGGACUCGCUGUCCUAUCUGGCCGCGGACGACGUCGACCGCCCCCCGCCUGCAGGCGGCAACGGGCCUGGGGGCUGGCGCCGGCGCGCGGUGCUGCUGCUGUCGCCGGCCAUUGUGGAGGCGGCCGCGGCAUCCAUGCCGCCUGGGGAAAGGCCGAGCAGUGGUGUCGGCUCCCACGGCCAGCCCUACGGCGCCUCCAGUGCUGCCCACUCGUCCGCCGCUGCAGAGCUGGCGGCGCUGCUGGGGUGUGCGCUGGCGCCCAUGCUCAUGCCGGGAGGCUGCGGCUGGCGGCUGGAGCUGCAGGGCGGCGGGCCGCUGGGGCCGCUGGGAGUGCCACCGCCCGCCUCUGCCACCUCUCGUCCGCUGUUGGCUGCGGCUGAGGUGGUGACGGCGGUCAACCUGGCUGCGCUCAAGCCAAGGGCGGCACUGGCGGUGCUGCCCAGCCAGCUGCAGGUCAAGUGGGAGCGGCUGCUGGCACACCUGCGGGGUGUGGCGGGGCUGGUGGCGGCGGCGGCGGACCGCGGGGCGCUGCUGGCAGUGCAGCAGCUGGCACCGGCGGCCAGGGCCACGUACAGGGCGGCGGCGGGGCUCAGCCUGGCGGUGGCGGCGCCCGGAGGCGGCGGUGGCGGCUGGGCGGAAGCAGGCGGUGGUGGCGGUGUGCUGCUGGGAUCCGGGGAAGACCUGCUGCUGCAGGCCCACGCCGCGCCUUGGUCCGGGGACGAGGAACUGCACAUGCGCGCCGCGCAGCCCGCGCACGAGAUGGCGGCGGGGGCAGCAGCUGCGGCGGCCGCGGCCGGCGGUCAGGCUCAGGCGCAGGGGCAAGGGCAGGGUGGCGCGCAGGAGCGCAGGCGGCACGCGCUGGCCCGUGUGGCUCUACUGGGUCGCUGGGCCGAGUCACAGGAGUACCGGGGCACACUGCGGGCGGCCGUGAUGGGUGCUGGCGUGUAAGUGUGAUCAAGGCUGGGGUAUCACAAGCGUAGGAUGGUCUGGUGCCAGUUCGGUCCGUGCAUGCCCCCGCCUCAGGCCGUUCCGCCGUUGGGCUCGUGCAUGUACCCCCCGUGAUGUGAAUGAAUACGAUGUAAUGAAUACAGCAU